AUGACGACCAUCAGGAUCACUGAGGACUUCCAUCAGCUGGCCUCUGAUAAUCUAAUCAGUCUGCUAUGGCCCUGUUAUGAUCUAAUCGGUGAUGUCAUCAAAGAGCAAACGGGAAAAGACCUGGAAUGGGAGUCGCGACGCCGCUCGUAUGAUGCAGCCGCCCCCGCCAUGGAGCCAGGCCUGGGGCCGGGCCGCAUGCGAGCUGGUGGCCGGGUCUUGCCCCACGGACCCGGCCGGCUCAGCCUGAACAGCGCAAAUACCCCCGUGGGCCCACCACCUGUGAGAGGCGGCAGGCUGGUGGGCUGUUUCAGCUCUCCCAGCGAAGGCCAUGUGCUGGAGUUAACCGUGGAUGUGAGGGACGUCGCGUACUCUGGUUGGGGGAGGACUCUCACUGUCAUUUGUGCCUACGGGUCAAUGGUGGGGAGGAGGCCGGAUAGACUUGGGCAGCCCAAACGCACUGCGAGGUCUGCUGGGAACGCUGCAGAGACCCCUGUCAGGAGAUUCAACCCCGGCCCGCAGAACUUGACCGGAUCCUCGAGGAGUGGCUGGAGACACGGUCCGAAAUGGAUCGCCAUGUUCACUUUGACGACGCAGCCGUCCGGAGCUGUGGUCGUAAAGUCUCCGGGUAAGGCGUCGCGGGCGGCAACCCCGAACCCGGCGGUGGACACCGGAAGCGGAGUGAUGCUGGCUGCUGAAGAAGGAGUCCUAUCGGGCAUGGUUGGCUCCAGGACCCCUGAAGCAGCUGAUGAGCGUGGCCUGAGGAAUGGGGCGUUUUUAGAUAAGCCCAAAACAGAGAAAUACAAUGCGCACGGGGAAGGGAACGGCCUGCGCGCUGGGCCUCCCAGCAGCAUGCAGGGCUGGAGGGUAGAGAUGGAGGAUGCGCACACAGCAGCCGUGCAGGCCUGCCACAUGGCUUGGAUGACUGGUCCUUCUUCGGGCGUGUACGAUGGGCAUGCUGGCUCGCGAGUUGCAAACUACUGCUCCAAACAUCUGUUGGAACAUAUCGUAGCUGCGGGGUCGGCAGAUGAACUGCGGAAGGCUGGAUCUCCGACACCGAGGCAGACGCCAGCCAUAGAAGCGGUGAAGAGGGGUAUCCGCGCCGGCUUCCUGAGGAUCGACGAACACAUGCGCAGCUUCACAGACCUGCGGAACGGCAUGGACCGCAGCGGCUCCACCGCGGUGGCUGUGCUGCUCUCUCCAGAACAUCUGUACUUCAUUAACUGCGGGGACUCUCGGGCCCUUCUCUGCCGCAAUGCUCAAGUCUGCUUCUCCACGCUGGACCAUAAGCCCUGCGACCCACGGGAGAAGGAGCGCAUACAGAACGCGGGUGGCUCUGUGAUGAUCCAGAGGGUUAACGGAUCGCUGGCUGUAUCCCGAGCACUGGGUGACUAUGACUACAAGUGUGUUGAGGGCAAGGGCCCCACAGAGCAGCUUGUGUCACCGGAGCCUGAAGUGUUCGAAAUCGCUCGGUCAGAUGCAGAGGAUGAAUUCGUGGUGCUGGCGCGUGACGGUAUUUGGGAUGUGAUGAGCAACGAGGAGCUGUGUGCCUUAGUGCGAUCGAGGCUGGAGGUGACGGAUGACCUUGAGAGAGUGUGCAAUGAGGUUGUGGAUACUUGUCUACAUAAAGGAAGUCGAGAUAAUAUGAGUAUUGUAUUAGUCUGUUUGCCAAAUGCACCCCAGGUGUCAGAAGAGGCGGUAAAGAGAGAUGCUGAGUUGGACAAGUACCUCGAGUCACGAGUGGAAGAGCUCAUUGAGAAAGCAGGGGAAGAAGGGGUGCCUGAGCUGGCCCAUGUCAUGAGCAGCCUGUCCCAAGAAAGCAUCCCCAAUCUCCCACCAGGGGGUGGCCUUGCCAGCAAGCACAGUGUUAUUGAAGCAGUGUACAACCGGUUAAACCCCCAAAGAGAAGAAGAUGGUAGUGGUGCUGACCUCGAGGACCCGUGGUAGUCGUCCUGCCCCUGAGGAAAGAGCACCUUUUCUACACAAGACAUCAGUCAUGUUUCUUUUGUUCCAGUGAAACCAAGAGAUUCAACGGACAGUCCUUCAAGAGUCACAACACAAUGGAAACAGUACAACCAAAAGCAUUACAAACACUUUUUUUCUAAUAUAUGAGGGAAAGAAUGGAGAUCCAGUUUUAAAAACAAACUCAAACAUGAAAAAUAACUAAAUACACAUCAUACAAUAAAAAAAACAAACAGA